UUAACCAUGGGGCAGGGAACUGGACCAACGAUGAAGGUUAUCCGCUUCAAUCCAGGAAGUCGCCUCAAGGAAAAAUCCAAAGAUGCAGCUCUGAAUCACUGACAAAACACAGAAAGGAGCGCCUUCAUAUUUGCACUUUUAUCAGCCCAUUUUGUGUGGAAAUUGGAUAUUUUCCAUAUUUCUCUGCAUAGCCUUGGCUAAGGAGAUUCAAUUUUAUCCACUAUCAACAUUAGAUCUGCUUCACAAAAAAAAAAAUGGAUAUUGCAUUCUCCACUUGACUGUAUAAUUAUCUAUGUGGAAUAUAACAUUCAGCCAAUAAAUUCAGACAUCAGAUGUAAUUAUCACUCUGAGGAUUCCCCUUUCUUACCCUCCUCUGGUGCACCUGUUAUUCUCUACAAUGAAUCCCAACAGCAUACCUGGGCAUUUCCUCUUGCUGCUUAGCACCAUGCUGGGCCUGAGUGUAGGCCUGGAGUUUACUGGCUCUGAAGGUCAGUGGGCUCGCUACCUCCGCUGGGACGCCAGCUCCAGAAGUGACCUGACAUUUCAGUUCAAGACUUCAGAAUCCGAAGGCCUACUGCUCUACUUCGACGACGGCGGAUAUUGCGACUUUCUUCUUCUGUCUGUAACCAAGGGUAAGCUCCAGCUUCGCAUCAGCAUCGACUGCGCCGAGACCACCAUCACCUCGGACAAAAUUGUCAACGACAGCCGUUGGCACUUUGCAGCCAUCAACAGGCACAAUUUGAGGACUGGCUUGGCUGUGGAUGGUCAGACAAAAACUGAGGAAGUGCGGCCCCAGCGGCGGUUCAUGAAGAUCGUUAGUGACCUCUUCCUUGGAGGACUCCCAGGGGACAUUCGCACAUCAGCCAUCACCCUUCCCACUGUCCGUGAGCUGCCACCAUUCAAGGGAAUUAUCACAGACCUCAGUUAUGGAAGUAAGCUACCUACGCUCAUCAAUAGUCAGAAAGUGCGCUUGGAAAUGAUGGGCCUUUGCACAGAGAACCCCUGUGAGAAUGGCGGGAUCUGCUCGCUGGCAGAUGGAGAAAGCUACUGCGACUGCUCCAGAACUGGAUACGUAGGUCGAUACUGCACUGAAGCAGUCCAGAGAACACCAGGCCUCGCACACCUGAAGGCAGAGCAAGGUAGAAACAAAGCGAGGGAGGAAAAUGUGGCCACGUUCCGCGGCUCGGAGUACUUCUGCUACGACCUCUCACAGAACCCCAUCCAGAGCAGCAGCGACGAGAUCACGCUGUCCUUCAAGACGUGGCAACGCAACGGCCUCCUCCUGCACACGGGGAAGUCGGCCGACUACGUCAACCUGGCGCUCAAAGAUGGGGCCGUCUCCCUCGUCAUCAAUCUGGGCUCCGGGGCUUUCGAGGCCAUCGUGGAGCCGGUCAACGGGAAAUUCAAUGACAACGCCUGGCACGACAUUAAAGUGACACGCAACCUGAGACAGCAAUCAGGCAUUGGACACGCUAUGGUCACCAUCUCCGUUGAUGGGAUCCUCACCACCACUGGCUACACCCAGGAAGACUACACCAUGCUGGGCUCUGAUGAUUUCUUCUAUGUGGGUGGGAGCCCCAGCACCGCGGACCUGCCCGGCUCUCCAGUUAGCAACAAUUUCAUGGGCUGCCUCAGAGAGGUGGUGUAUAAAAACAACGAUAUCCGCUUGGAGCUCUCCCGUCUGGCCCGCAUCGUGGACCCCAAGAUGAAACUCCAGGGCGACGUGGUCUUCAAGUGCGAAAACGUACCCACCCUCGACCCAAUCAACUUCGAGACCCCGGACUCCUUCCUGGCGUUGCCGAAAUGGAACACAAAACGCGUCGGCUCCAUCUCCUUCGACUUCCGCACCUCCGAACCGAACGGGUUGAUCCUUUUCACCCACGGUAAGCCCCAGGACAGACGGGACGCCAAGGGCCAGAAGAACAACAAGGUGGACUUCUUUGCGGUGGAGCUGCUGGAUGGAGGUCUGUUCCUGCUGCUGGACAUGGGCUCCGGCACCAUCAAAGUCAAAGCUACUCAGGCCAAGGUCAAUGACGGCGCCUGGCACCACGUGGACAUCCAGAGAGACGGUCGCUCAGGCAUCAUCUCAGUAAACAGCCGCCGGACUCCUUUCACAGCCAGCGGGGAAAAUGAGAUCUUGGACCUGGAGGGGGACCUUUAUCUGGGUGGUCUGCCUGACAACCGUGCAGGCCUGGUGCUCCCCACCGAGCUCUGGACAGCUAUGCUCAACUACGGCUACGUGGGCUGCGUGCGGGAUCUGUUCAUCGACGGACGCAGCAAGGACAUCCGGCAGUUAGCGCAGUCCCAGAAUGCAACGGGCAUCAAGUCUUCGUGUAGUAAGGUGACGGGGAAACAGUGCGACAGUAAUCCAUGCAAGAACAAUGGCGUAUGUAAGGAGGGAUGGAACCGCUUUGUGUGCGACUGUACUGGAUCUGGCUACUGGGAUAGCACCUGUGAGAGAGAAUCAUCCAUCCUGUCAUACGACGGAAGCAUGUACAUGAAAGUGGUGAUUCCAAACGUCAUGCACACAGAGGCCGAGGACGUCUCCCUCCGCUUCAUGUCCCAGCGGGCGUACGGCCUGCUCAUGGCCGCAACGUCCCGAGAGUCGGCGGAUACGCUGAGGCUGGAGCUGGACAGCGGGAAGGUCAAACUGACGGUCAACCUAGACUGUGUCAGGAUAAACUGUAACACCAGCAAAGGCCCUGAGGUUCUUUAUGCCGGACAAAAGCUCAACGACAAUGAGUGGCACUCGGUGCGAGUGCUCCGCCGCGGUAAAAACUUCAAACUAACAGUGGAUGAAGACAUGGCUGAAGGUCAGAUGGCGGGCGACCACACCCGUCUGGAGUUCAACAACGUGGAGACGGGAAUCUUGACCGAGCGACGUUUUGUCUCGUCUGCUCCUUCGUCCUUUAUCGGACAUCUUCAGAGCCUUAAGUUCAACGGCAUGCAGUACAUCGACAUGUGCAAGAACGGGGACAUCGACUUCUGCGAGCUGAACGCCCGCUUCGGCAUGCGCUUCAUCAUCGCCGACCCCGUCACCUUCAAGACCAAAGGCAGCUACCUGGGCUUAGCCACUCUGCAGGCGUAUACCACAAUGCACCUCUUCUUCCAGUUCAAAACCACCUCGCCUGAUGGUUUCAUCAUCUUCAACAGUGGAGACGGAAACGACUUUAUUGCAGUGGAGCUGGUGAAAGGGUUUGUCCACUAUGUGUUUGACCUGGGGAAUGGGCCGAGUCUGCUGAAGGGCAACAGUGACAACCCCCUUAAUGAUAACCAGUGGCACAACGUGGUCAUCACGCGAGACUCCUCCAACACACACACGCUCAAGGUGGACUCCAAGUCGGUCACGCAGAAUGUCAAUGGAGCCAAAAACCUCGACCUCAAAGGUGACCUGUUCAUCGGAGGCCUUGGACCCAACAUGUACCAGAACCUUCCUAAGCUGGUGGUUUCUCGGGAAGGUUUCCAGGGCUGCUUGGCCUCAGUUGAUCUCAACGGCCGCUUGCCAGACCUCAUCAACGACGCCCUUUUCCGUAGCGGGCAGAUUGAGCGUGGCUGUGAAGUUGGUUUCACCAAAGCCGACCUGCAAGGCCCAAGCACAACCUGCCAGGAGGACUCAUGUGCCAACAUGGGGGUGUGCAUCCAGCAGUGGGAGAACUUCACUUGUGACUGCUCCAUGACGUCCUACACGGGGACUCACUGCAACGACCCUGGCACCACGUAUAUCUUUGGGAAAGGAGGGGGUCUGAUCACGUACACGUGGCCCAAUAAUGAGAGGCCCAGCACACGGACGGACCGGCUGGCGGUGGGCUUCAGCACUACAAUCAAAGAUGGCAUCCUGGUCCGCAUCGACAGCGCCCCUCGUCUGGGUGACUACAUCAUGCUCCACAUCGAACAAGGAAAAGUGGGUGUGACAUUUAACAUUGGCACAGUGGACAUCAGCGUGAAAGAGUUGACCACGGCAGUGAACGACGGCAAAUACCAUUUGGUCCGGUUCACCAGGAACGGGGGCAACGCCACUUUGCAGGUGGACAACUGGCCAGUCAAUGAACACUUUCCAACAGGCAACAGCGACAUUGAGCGCUAUCAAAUGGCAAAUAAGAAAAUCCCGUUCAAAUAUACCCGGCCAGUAGAAGAUUGGCUUCAGGAGAAAGGCCGGCAGCUGACAAUCUUCAACACCCAGGCCACCAUCUCCAUCGGUGGAAAUGACCGGAAGCGGCCCUACCAGGGUCAGCUCUCCGGGCUCUACUACAACGGCCUGAAAGUCCUCAACAUGGCCGCAGAGGGCCACGUCAACAUCAAGGUGAACGGCAGCGUGAGGCUGGUGGGAGAUGUGCCGGCCAGCAGGGGCGCGGCACGCACCACCACCUCGGUGCCACCGGAGAUGUCCACCACCUUCAUUGAGACCACCACCACGCUCUCCACCACGACCACCCGCAAGCAGCGCUCACCACCAACUAUUCAGACGACGGAUGACAUUGUGUCAUCGGCCGAGUGCUCCAGCGACGACGAGGACCUGGAAGAGUGCGACUCCGGACAUGCAGGAGGGGAGCUAGUCAUCCCCAUACUAGUCGAGGACCCCAUAGACAUCCCCUCUGUAUCCACCCGUUCUCCCUUCAUCCCCCUCCCCCCCACCCUCCGCCCCGUCCUCACCAUUAUUGAGACCACCAAAGAGUCCUUGGCCAUGGCCACUGAGGCGGGGGUACCUUGCUUGUCGGACCGAGGCAGCGAUGAUUGUGAUGAUGGUGAUGGUGGUGAUGAUGGUGAUGAUGAUGAUGAUGAUGGCAUGGUGAUAUCGGGGUUUGGCUCUGGCGAAGCUUUCGACUCUAGCCUGCCCCCGACUGACGAUGAAGAUUUUUACACCACCUUCUCCCUGGUAACAGAUAAGAUCUUGACCACAUCGGCCUAUGAAGGCGGCUACAAAGCCCUCGCGCCCAAGUGGGAGGCCAAGGACUUGAGGCCUAGCAAAGCCUCUGAGGCAGGUAGGACUACACCCACCUCGCCUCUGCCCGACCCCCGGGGCACGCCGCCGGCGGCGGUCCCCUCGGACACGCCACCCAAGCUGCCCGCCGGGAAAAUGAACAACCGCGAGGUAAAACCCCUACAGCCGGACAUAGUCCUGCUGCCCCUGCCCACGUCCUUCGAUCUGGACGGCACCAAGCCGCGGGGUCCCUUCAUCACCUCGCCCAUGCUGCGCACGGUGCCCGCCGCCUUGCCCACCGUGCCUGGAGUGGUUCGGCGGGUUCCCCCGGGGGCCUCAGAGGUUAUCCGGGAAUCCAGCAGUACAACGGGCAUGGUGGUGGGCAUCGUCUCAGCGGCCGCCCUCUGCAUCCUCAUCCUCCUCUACGCCAUGUACAAGUACAGGAACAGGGACGAGGGUUCCUACCAGGUGGACGAGACGCGCAACUACAUCAGCAACUCGGCACAAACCAAUGGCGCUGUGGUGAAAGAUAAAACGCCCAGCGGCAGCGCCAAAGGCAGCGCUAGUAGCAAGAGACCGAAAGACAAGGACAAGGAAUAUUAUGUAUAGAAAGAAAUCAGAUCAUUUCCCAACACAUAGAAAAAAACUGUUUGGAACAAAGUUAUAAACAUUUUGACAGUACCAUAUUGGCAACUGUGAUUUAAAAAGGAUAAAAUCUCCUGAGAACUCUUCUGAGUCCUGAAACAUUUACAAAAGAACUUUGGCUAAGGCAGCCCACUUACUAUUGUAAGCAUUACUGAGAGACAAUGCAGUUUGACUUCAGCAGGACUCAGUGUGGAUCUUUUUCAAGAGUCCCUACUGGAGACUUUUGGCAGUGUGAAUAACAUCACUGGAACAUCCACACGACCCCCAAAGUGACUGUCAAGAGGUGUGUGAUCCUUGGAGUUCUGACGACCUUGUCCAUUGUAACCCUGUAAAAUACGCUCACUGUCAUUUCGGCCAUUCUGAGCAUGCAUGUGAGGUGUAUGUGAUGUGGUGCUGGCAUCUGUGUAAGUGAGGGACCUCAAGAAACUAUGAUUGUCGGGGAAAGUUGGAAGUCAAAACAUGAGUUCACAUUUCAAAUGGUUUCGUUCAAUGUAGCUUUCAUGGACGCGAUGUGAGCUAAAGUAUAUGUGUACUUUUAGCUGUCUUUUUAUUUCUGUAUUUGUUUGUUUUUUUAUUUAUUCAUUUAGGCAGUUAUUUAUUUAUUUAUUGAAUUUAGGUUAAAAAAAAAUAUUGAAGGAUGAUGUCCAGUCAGGGUUGACCAGGCAGUGCUCAGUGACGGCUCAGCAGGAUGUGAUACAGUCAUGUAUCUUCAUGUUUUUCUCUCUCUCUCUCACCCCCCCCCCCCCACAUCUCUGAUUGGACUGCUAUUAAUGGCAUCCAAAGUCUAAAUAGUUCUUCAAGCGUGCAAACGUGGAUCCGCCAGGCAAAAGUGCACAAUACAUUGUAAUUUCUCUGAAUUUGUUUUCUUUCCUUUCAGAUCAUUUUUUUCCGUCCAGUUUUUCUCACAUUUCCAGAGAUGCUGUUGCAAAAAAAAUGCAUUGUCAUAUUUUAUGUCUUUAUGGUUCCAAUCUUUAAAAAAAAGGAAGAAAAUCCAGGCUGAAGACUCAUUUAAAUGUGAUCAAGUGUGAUUCUAUGACUGUGUCAAAAUCAGCAAAUAUGUUUACAUAUUUUAUUACAUCAUAGCCGUCGUGCUUUGCAGGUCAAUAUUGUACAGAAAACUCCAGUUUCUGUUGAUUUUUUGUCAAACCCUCUUUCUUGUAUAGAGACAUCAUUUGAUUUUCCCUGCUGUAGCAACAUGACAUAAAAAAACAUCAUUGUUAUUGUUUGGCCGGGGACGCCUGGAGAUAAAAAAUGAUGAUGUGCACACACAGGAUGGUUUGUUUUAAGGCGUGGAGCAAACGUUGUUAGAUUAGACGUCUAGUCUCUCUGGAUGGUGUUUCUCUUCAGUCGCAUGAAUAUUUGACCAAGGGAAGCUGUCAGUCAAAUAGAAAACACCUCCCUCUGAUCUCAUAUCAGGGACUCCUCCCUAUUCAGAAAUUACUUUCAUCAUGUUAUUUAUUUUUUUAUUGGAAAUUUAAAAACAGAACAAAAGAAUAAAUAAGAAUUAUGAUGGAUUUGGAGAUCUUUUGGUAGCACCUAACUGACUAACAGGUGAUUUUUUUCUUACUUUUUUUUUUUUUUUUAUCUGACAUCAAUGUUUUCGUCUGCUAAGCUCGUCUUUUUUGUUUUUGUUUUUUUUGUUUUUGUAAUCGUGUAGCUAAUUUCAUGUCUCAUUUUUAUGACAUUCUCUUCCGGCAAUCUGUUGGGUUUUUUUUAUGUCAUUAUUUAUAACUGAACUCAUUUGUUCUCAUUCGUUUUCAUGCCGAAUCAGUCAGUGUGUAUGUUCACUUUGAUUUUUUUUGUGUUGGUACUUGGCUUUUUUCAAACCAGUUAAUUAUUAUUGUCUUCUGCUCCUUUGACUCCAAACAAUUCCCAGAAAUAAAAAAUGUUGUUCCCAAACUUCUUGUACGUGA